UCGGGGAUAAAGCUGAGUGCUAUUCGGUCAUGUGAUUCCUGUUUUUUUUUCCUCCUCUUUUCCUCCUUCGAAGUUGAAAGGCAGGAGCAGAGCGGCGGAGGGGCCCAGCUCGCCUUUACAUUACUGGCUGUGGAUGCACCGGAUUCGUCCCUUUUCGACCACAUUAUUGUCUUUUAGUCGCUCGUUGUGAUUUUUCCAUUUGCUCCAACUUUUCCUUCACCAUGGCGGGGGCUAUUAUAGAGAAUAUGAGCACUAAAAAGUUAGUGAUAAUGGGUGUUACUCUGCUUUUGUUCCAGGCGUUUGCCUUCAUGGUCGGCGGUUUAAUUGCUCCCAGCCCCACCACAGCGGUCCACUACUUGGCCGCCAAGUGUGUGGACACCUCCAAGCACCGUCAGGAGACAAAAUGGUUCAUGCCUUGGGGUCAAGACCAGUGCGAGAAGAUCCGGAGCUUCGAAGAGGCCAUGGCCAAGAAGAUCGAGGCCAACAACAUUGUGUUUGCCGUCCACAUUCCUCUGCAUUACAACGAGAUGAGCCCCUGGUUCCAGUUCAUGCUGGUCAUCUUGCAGUUUGACAUCGCAUUUAAGAUGUACAACCAGAUAGAGGAUGGAGCGUUGGUCACCGUCGAUGUGGGUCUGGCUUACAGAGACGACCCUACCAGCGAGUGGACGGAGAUGGCUCAUUCUUUUGAACAGCGGAAGCUCAACUGUAACUUCACCACUGCCAAGACCUUUGAGAACGAAGGCCGCUACUAUGAGUGUGAUCUGCUGCCCUUCAUGGAGGUUGGCAGCGUGUCACAUAAAUACUAUCUCCUCAACAUCCGCCUGCCUGUCAACGAGCGCAAGAAAAUCAACGUUGGGAUUGGAGAAAUCAAGGACAUUCGUCUGGUUAGCAUCCACCAGAAUGGAGGUUUCACCAAAGUUUGGUUCGCCAUGAAGACGUUCCUCACACCCAGCAUCCUCAUCAUCAUGAUCUGGUACUGGAGACGCAUCACCCUCCUGAGCAGACCUCCUGUGCUGCUGGAGAAGGUCAUCUUAGCUCUGGGCAUCUCCAUGACUUUCAUCAACAUCCCAGUGGAGUGGUUCUCUAUUGGCUUCAAUUGGACCUGGAUGCUGCUCUUUGGGGACAUCAGGCAGGGCAUCUUCUACUCCAUGUUGCUCUCCUUCUGGAUCAUCUUCUGCGGGGAGCACCUCAUGGACCAGACGGAGAGGAACCGUUUCUCAGUGUACUGGAGGCAGGUCGGACCCAUCGUGUUUGGCUCCUUCUGUCUCUUUAUCUUCGACAUGUGUGAGAGAGGUGUCCAGCUGACAAACCCCUUCUACAGCGUCUGGGCUUCUGAUGUAGGAACUGAACUGGCUAUGGCCUUUAUAAUUGUGGCAGGGAUCUGUGCCUGUCUCUACUUCCUCUUCCUUUGCUUCAUGGUUUUUCAAGUCUUCCGCAACAUCAGCGGUAAAAGGACUUCACUGCCUGCCAUGUCCAAGGCCAGACGCCUACACUAUGAGGGUCUGAUCUUCAGGUUCAAGUUCCUCAUGCUGGUCACUUUGUUUUGUGCUGCCAUGACUGUCAUCUUCUUCAUCGUCAGUCAGGUGCAUGAUGGUCACUGGCACUGGGGAGAUCACGAGGUGCAGGUGAACAGCGCCUUCUUCACAGGCGUCUACGGCAUGUGGAACCUGUACGUCUUCGCCAUCAUGUUCCUGUACGCCCCGUCUCACAAACGCUACGGAGAUGAGCAGUCAAGUGGUCAAUGUAUCACUGGAGAUCAUGGAGCAAACAGCGGAGAGGACAUCCAGCUGACCACCACCAUCACACAUGUUGACGCUCCCACUGAGAUCUACAAGAUGAUGGGCAAAACGGCCCAAGAGUAGAUUUUUGGCACCGUUACCUACUGCUCCAAUGAUCCCCUCCCUUAUGUAAUCAAACAGGCUUUUCUCUUAACAUCCUUCAGCGCUCAGACGGCAUCAGUGAUCCACCUUGCAUGAACCUACCAGUCCCACAGCCGUUGCCCUCCUCCCAGCAUCAAAUGUUUAGCUGUGUGUGACUAGUUACGUGCCACCCUUGUCCCAAAGUCCUACUGAGUCCCUAAAGACUGAAUAUUAUCAACACUCUUAUCGGUUCUUUUCAUUUCAGUUUUUGUUUUUUUACGUUUCAUACUUAGUGUAAACUAUGUUGUCAUUGAAAAUGUUGCACAACUCUUUUGUCACCAAGUCAGGUACAGGAAAGCUUUAUGGAGAUCUGAGUGCAAAGAAAAACAUUUCUUGGUGGUCAAAAGUUGAAUUUGCAGCAGUCACACCAGUUUUUCUGUGUGGUUUAAAUGUGUUGUUUGUAAAGACCGGAGCUUUUGAUACAGAUGGACAGCAAGAUCUUUUGGAUACUAAUUAGCCACUUGGUUUAAUUUUCAUUUCUACCUGUAAUAUUCUCAGUCAAGGUCUUAGAGCCUGUCACAAAUGCAUAUUCUUCUAUAGAAAUAGAUCAUGUGGCGCACUGUUAUUAGUCUUUCAAGUGGUGGUUCUUUUUUUAUAUCAUUGGGGGAAAUGUACAGACCACACAGCCACUUUGGGAAAUGCAUACUGUACUGUCAUUAUGUUACAAUGUAGAUAUCUAUUUUUUAUAAAGUGCUUAUUUUCAGCUUCACAAAAUAUAUGCAUCAAGCUCUAUCAAUGUUAACAAAGAGAUUUGAGGUUGAUUGUAGUCCAUUAUACAUGGUUCUUAGUUGUUUUUUGUUUUGUUUUGCUUUUUAUUCUAAUUUAAAUAAAACAAACUUUU